UCACGUCACUUCUCACUUUGCCUUUCCUCUUACUCAUUUUGAAACAAGUCACUGGAAAUAAGAGUCAACGGCAAGACAAUAUCAUGUCAGAUAUUAUUAUUAUUAUUGAUCCAUUUGUAGGGCUGUGAUUUGAUUACAUAUUUUCCCCUCUACGUUUGAGUUAUGUGGUGUUGUACAUUUACUUAAAUUAAAUCUUAAAAGGUCCUUCAGACGCCCAGUCCCCUUGAUGAUGAGUCGCCUGCAACAAACACGGUGUAUUUGACCCCAGAACUUCACAAUGUGUUCAAUUCCCGGGCUUCCAACGCCUGGAUCAGAAGUACCUGUUGUCAUCACAAGGGUGAACUUAAACCGCAAUUGUGGUCUUGUGGAAUUAUGGGUUAACAUGGAUGAUGGAAGGAAGCCUCUUUAUGAGCAGAUGAGGGCGGAAAUUCAGUUUCCUAAAAGAAGGUUUCAUGGAUCCGAAGGAAAACCAGGGGAUCUCUGUCUGGUUUGCAUCAGUGACACCUGGCACAGAGCUCGGGUGGUAUCGAUUCAAGGUGAAACUUGCAAUGUUUUUCUAAUUGACCAGGGACAGCCCCAUAUCUCCACCAGUGAAGCUUUAGCAUGGGGCCAAAAUGACUGUUUCCUCCUUCCUCCUGAAACUGAAUCAUGCGUACUUGCAAAUGUGCUCUGCCUUGAGAAUAACUGGCCUGAAAUACCAACACAGUUUUUGCUGUCUCUGCCUGGAAAGAAGUUUAAGGGACUGGUUCAGCACGUGCUGAUGCCAGACAGGACCAUCCUGCUCGACAUACCAAUCGUUUCCAUGCACAUCUGUAAGAUUGGGGUUGCAAAGAAGAUGGCGGUAGAUGAGUUUAAAAGCCUUGUGCAGAAAUGUCUUGAGGCCCAACACCCAACGCAGGAACAGGAUGUUAAUUGCCAACUUAAGAAGCACAACCAAUACUUUUACCCAGAACUGUUAACUGAUAGUUUUGAACUUGUUAACGUGACUGAGGUAACUAAUCCAUGUAACAUUUUUUGCAAACUCCAAGUUUUUUCCAAGGCAGUGAAGAUUUUAUCAGAAACGAUCCAGCAGCACUAUGAAGAAAGCUCAGAUUUAGGAGAGGCACAACCUUUGACCUGUAGGGAUCCAUGUGCUGCUCGAGGGAUGAACGGCAGAUGGCAUCGCUCGUUACUAAAUGAAAUGAUAACUAGCAAUGGUGUUGUUGAAGUCUUGCAUGUGGAUGAAGGAAAAAAAGAAUGUGUCCCAGUUGGAGACAUCAGACCUCUGCAUGGAAAAUUUCUAAGAAUGCCAGUUUUCACGUACACCUGUUCUCUCGAAGGCGUAAAAGAUAACGGCACAGGUUGGACUACAGGCCAGAAUGAUUACUUGAAAUCACUGCUCCUGAACAAGAGGUUCGUGGCAAAGUUUAACCACCACAAUGUACCUCAAGAUGUCUAUGAUGUCAUUCUCUAUGCAGAUGAUGCAUGCAUGAAUGAUUGUUUUAUAGAGAAGGUUGGACCCUUUUCAUCAGAACGAGAUACAAAUGUCCAGAAUAGACCUGUUGCCUCAUCAUUUCUCAGUUCACUUGGAAAACAUUGUUGUACAGAUUUACAGAACAAAGCCACUGUAAAUGUUGAUGGUUUACAAGAAGAAACGUUGCCAUGCACAAAGAACCAAGCCACAUCUGGAGCAGAUGAUGCUCAAAUCAAAGAUAAUUCAAAGCAUCCAGACCCUAUGGUACAGAUCAAUGGGAAUCUUUUGGUGCAGAAUGCUUGUGGUGAUGAGUAUGUGUUUACUGUAGGAAGUAGUGUCAAUGCAAAAGUAUCUUUCAUUGAAAGUCAACAGAAAUUCUGGUGUCAACCAACUGAAAACUGUGACUCUCUCAGACACCUGAUGCAGGACCUGCAAAACCACUAUGCAUCCACCCACCGUGAUCCACUUGUUGAGUCAAUCUGUGUCGUCCGUAAUCAAGACAAUGACAUGUGGUAUAGAGCAAGGAUCAUGGCAAGUCACCACACUUCUGAUGUAGAUGUGAGAUUUAUAGACUAUGGUCAAACUCAAACAGUCCCUCUGCACGAUGUGUUUCUCAUUGAUCCAGCUUUCUUACGGCUAAAUGCCCAGGCUUUCCAGUGUCGCUUGUUCAAUUGCAAGAAUUCCACUAAUCCCACUUCCAUCACUCAGACUGAUACUGCAGAGUUUCAGCAGUUGGUGGAUGUAGGCGCUUCGUCAAAAAUUGGGUUGAAAUGCACUGUGAAGGCUGUAACAUCUGAUGAAGAAGGCAUGCUGGUUAAUGUGGUCGAUAUUGAAACACCAUCUGACAGUGCAUGCAAGCUUCUGACUCAGGAAUGUGCACCGGCUCAAGCACUCCUUCAAAUUCUUCCAACGGUCCCAUUGGAUGUAUACAAUUGCUCCACGUACAAUAUUGAGGUGGAUGGAAAAGAAGAUGUGUGGAUAACCUAUUCAGAGAACGUCAAUCGAUUCUACUGCCAACUGGACAGGAAUUUACACUUGUUUUUCAAAGUGAUGGGAAGUGUUAAACAACUAAUCAACCAGCCACGCUCCACAGAUUGCCCACUUGGACUUGAUAGCAUUUGUUUUGCUAGGUUCACUGAUAAUCAGUGGCACAGAGGUCAAGUGGUAGAAAUGUCUCCAAAAAUGAAAGUACACUUUGUGGACUAUGGCCAAACCCUUUCAGUGAAUGAAUCUGAUGUUUGUCCCUUUCCCACUGAAGCAGGUGUGGCCAGGUCUGUUCCUGUGCAGGCUGUUACACUUGGACUGUUUGAAGUCCCGACAGAAGUGCCACAAGAGGUCAACAAGUGGUUUGCAGACAGUGCCAUUGGCCAAAUGUUCACCAUUUCAGUGGUAGCAAAGGGAGAAAAAGGGAAGCUCAUUGUUGAACUGUUUACUGGAGCUCUGAAUUUAAAUGUGAAAGUCAGAGAGAUGAUGUCAAAGAUAACACAACAAGAGACAACGUGUCCCAUUGAGCAGACUGACCAGCAGCUCUUAAACAGCUCAGAGCAUGGCGGUGGGCCAAAUGAGGACUGUUUAACUCAAGAGCUCACGAAUGUAUCCAUAUUGACAAUGAUGAAAGAUCUCAAUAAAGUGUACAGCAACGAUGGACCAUAUGCAAGAGAUGAGCCGAUUUCAGAAUCCAUAAGUAAUGACUCUGCACAAGAGUUUGAACAUGAAAAGACUUUAGAUGAAGGAAGAAAACCAAUAACAGAUCUUAUGGACAAAGAAAUGGAAGAUGGCCAAGGAGACUCAGAAAUAACACAACAACUUUCCCUUCCUUCCUGUCCCGAAGGAAAUGUGAAUGUCUGCAUUUACAAGUGGCCAAAGAUCUCUCAAAACAGGACUGAGGAGGUAUACGCAUCCUGCAUUGCUGGACCACAUCAUUGCUGGUGUCAGUACGCCAACACUGAAGACCUGAACAUGGUGUCGAAGCUUGCUCAGGAAGCAGGACAGACACAACAAGACAAGAUGUUCCCAGAGACUCUUGGUCCUGGCAGUCCAUGCCUUGCUCAGUUCUCCAGUGACGACCAGUGGUAUCGAAGUCAAGUAAUUAGCAGAGUUGACGAUGCCUUCCGUGUCUUGUUUAUCGACUAUGGAAAUGAGUCUGAAGCUGAUGGCAAGAAUGUGAGAUCACUGCCUCAGAGUCUGCUGGAGAAGGCUCCGCAGGCCUUUUUGUGCUCCUUGAAUGGAUUUGAUGAGUCCAAGGGCUCCUGGAAUGACGACGUUUACGAUGCAUUCUACAAUCUUCUGGUUGAUAAACCACUCAAACUGACGGUGCUCAAUAUGGACGACCAAUCAGAGGCUGCAGUUCCUCAGUAUGCAGUGGAAAUUGAAUGUGAGGGAGCGAUUGUUAAUGCAGCAAUGCUGAAAUACUGGAAACCAGCUGCAAAAGAACUUAUUCCGAUAGACCCCCCUGAAAGAGAGCUUUUCCUCCAAGAUAUUCAAACUGAGUCCAACAUGACACAGACAAAUGUUUGCAAAGUAAAUGUGAAUACGUGCAUGUACAGGAAGCCAAACUUCUCCAAUAACAAAAAAGAGGAGGUAUAUGCUUCUUGUAUUGUUCAACCCCAUUACUUCUGGUGUCAGCACACCAAAACAGAGGAGCUCCGCAAAGUAUCAGAGCUUGCUCAGCAGGCAGGACAGACACAGCAGGACAUGAUGUUCCCUGAGACUCUUGGUCCUGGCAGUCCAUGCCUUGCUCAGUUCUCCAGUGACCAACAGUGGUAUCGUGCUCAAGUAAUUUCUAGAGUUGGUCAUGCAUUUACCGUCUUGUUUAUAGACUACGGAAACGAGUCUGGCAUUGACGUCAAGAAUGUGAGAUCAGUGCCUCAGAGUCUGCUGGAGAAGGCUCCUCAGGCCUUUUUGUGUUCCUUGAAUGGAUUUGAUGAGUCCAAGGGGUCCUGGAAUGAGAAUGUUUACGAUGACUUCUACAAUCUUCUGGUUGAUAAACCACUCAAACUGACAGUGUUCAACAUAGACGACCAAGCCGAGGCUGCAGUUCCUCAGUAUGCAGUGGACAUUGAGUGUGAGGGAGUAAUAGUUAAUGCAGCAAUGCAGAAACACUGGGAACCAGUUGCCGAAGAAUGUGUUUCGAUAGAACACCCUCAAGAGGAAACCGCCCUCCAAGAUAAUCAAACUGAGUCCAGUGGGACUUUUCUCAAUGUUUCCAAAGUAAAUGUCAAUGCUUGUAUGUACAAGAAGCCAAACUUUUCCAAAAACAAAAAAGAGGAGGUAUAUGCUUCUUUCAUUGUGCAUCCCCAUUACUUCUGGUGUCAGUACGAUAACCCGGAGGAGCUCAGCAAAGUAUCAGAGCUUGCUCAGGAAGAAGGAAAGAUGCAUCAGGACCAGAUGUUCCCAGAGACUCUUGGUCCUGGCAGUCCAUGCCUUGCUCUGUUGUCCAGUAACAACCAGUGGUAUCGAGCUCAAGUAUUACACAGAAUUGACGAUGCAUUCUGUGUCUUGUUUAUCGACUAUGGAAACAAGUCUGACGUUGACAUCAAGAAUGUCAGAUCAGUGCCUCAGAGUCUGCUGGAGAAGGUUCCUCAGGCCCUUUUGUGCUCCUUAAAUGGAUUUGAUGAGUCCAAGGGGUCCUGGAAUGACGAAGUUUACGAUGAGUUUGAAAAUCUUCUGCUCGAUAAACCACUCAAACUGACAGUGUUCAACAUGGAUGACCAUUCAGAGGCUUCAGUUCCUCAGUAUGCAGUGGACAUUGAGUGUGAGGGAGCAAUGGUUAAUGCAGCAAUGCAGAAACACUGGGAACCAGUUGCCGAUGAAUCUGUUUUGAUAGAACACCCUCAAGAGGAAACCGCCCUCCAAGAUAUUCAAACUGAGUCCAGCAUGACUCCUCUCAAUGUUUCCAAAGUAAAUGUCAAUGCUUGUAUGUACAAGAAGCCACACUUUUCCAAAAACAAAAAAGAGGAGGUAUAUGCUUCUUGCAUUGUGCAUCCCCAUUACUUCUGGUGUCAGUACGACAACGCGGAGGAGCUCAGCAAAGUAUCAGAGCUUGCUCAGGAAGAAGGUAAGAUGCAACAGGACCAGAUGUUCCCGGAGACUCUUGGUCCUGGCAGUCCAUGCCUGGCUCUGUUUUCCAGUGACGACCAGUGGUAUCGAGGUCAAGUAAUACGCAGGAUUGACGAUGGGUUCUGCGUCUUGUUUAUCGACUAUGGAAACGAGUCUGACGUUGACAUCAAGAAUGUGAGAUCACUGACUCAAGGUCUGCUGGAGAAGGCUCCUCAGGCCUUUUUGUGCUCCUUGAAAGGAUUUGAUGAGUCCAAGGGGUCCUGGAAUGACGACGUUUACGAUGACUUCAACAACCUUCUGGUUGAUAAACCACUCAAGCUGACGGUGUUCAACAUGGACGACCAAUCAGAGGCUGCGGUUCCUCAGUAUGCAGUGGAAAUUGAGUGCGAGGGAGCGGUGAUAAAUACACUGAUGGAGAAAUACUGGAAAGGACUGGACACAGACCAUGCCUUGGAAGAACGUUUGGGAUCAGCUCUCAAGAUGAAUGUUCAUGGGGAAACCCAAUUGUGACAGAACAGCCUUGAGUUUUGUCAACUGAAAGUUCAUAUUUGUCUUGUUAGAAAAUACAUUUGAAUAACUAUGAACAAUUAAGCUUGUCAUGUGGUUAAUAAAAUUUGUGUCGAUAAACAA